UACUCACCGCGGGUUGCAUCUCACAGGACUUACAACUUGUCAUGCUUUCGGUGUAUUUUUUUUAAACUCCUUGUUAAUUCUCGAGAUAAAUCUAUCAUGUCAUGGUGUUCUUUUACUUUUUUACUUUCGCUGCCUGCCAAGAAAGACAUCACCUGAACACACUUAUACGCUCAUAACAAGACCAUUGCUCUUACUCUGGCAGCCCUCCAGACAUUUCCUCCUCAGUAUUCUGCAGCCGUCUGUGACAUAUUUCACCAACCUGAACACAAAAGAGACAAAGACAUUGCACAGACACAGAGGAAGACUAACAGACUGGUAUAGUGUGUGCAACAGUACAAGGUGCAAGUGAAGUCAGGCAUUGCAACUGUGAUGUUUGUGCUGGGAACUUCCUGCUUUGGCUAUCCUCCCAUGACACAAUCACUCUUCCCCUAAAUUGGGCCAUGUUGUUUGAAAAGCAGUUGUUUUGUCUAAAAACACAAGUGACUGAGCCUGUGGGAUGAAAGUGGAACAAAAACAAGAAAGUGGAAAGACUAACCAUGCUGAGGGAUGACCAGCUGGUAUAUAUAAUCCUGGAGCUGGUGAUCGCUUUACUGGCCGUGACUGGGAAUGUCCUGGUGUGCUGUGCCGUCUUCCUCAACUCUAACCUGCAGAGCAUCACCAACUUCUUUGUAGUGUCUCUGGCAGUGGCUGAUAUCGCUGUGGGGCUGCUGGCAAUUCCAUUCGCUAUCACUAUUAGUACCGGCUUCUGUGCCAACUUCUUUGGCUGCUUGUUCAUCGCCUGCUUCGUCCUCAUCCUCACCCAGAGCUCCAUCUUCAGCCUGUUGGCUAUCGCUGUGGACCGCUACAUCGCCAUCAAGAACCCACUCAGGUACAGCGGCCUGGUGACCGGGCAGAGGGCAAAGGGCAUCAUCGCCCUGUGCUGGUUUUUCUCAGUAGGCAUCGGAUUGACACCGAUGCUGGGCUGGAACAGAGGUUCGAAUGCCACCGCUGCCACAAACAGCAAAAUCUGCCCUGAGGGCCUGACAGUGUGCCUGUUUGAAGAAGUGGUUACCAUGGACUACAUGAUCUACUUCAACUUCUUCGGCUGUGUGCUGAUGCCCCUGAUGAUAAUGUUGGUUAUCUAUGCUCAUAUUUUCAUGGCUGCUCGGAGACAGCUCCGCCUGAUGGGACUGAAAGUUGCAAACGUGCCUACACCAGGAGGGGUGACUUCAACGUCCGGCACUUCUCGCUCCACCCUGCAGAAGGAAGUGCAUGCAGCCAAAUCUCUAGCCAUCAUUGUUGGUCUUUUUGCUCUAUGUUGGCUUCCUCUGCACAUUAUCAACUGUUUUAACCACCUGUGUGAGGGCUGUGGGCGUUCACACGUGUGGGUCAUGAACAUCGCCAUCAUCCUCUCUCAUGCUAACUCUGUUAUAAACCCAUUGAUUUACGCUUACCGCAUUCGAGAGUUCAGACAGACUUUUCGGAAGAUCCUAUAUCAGCACAUUCUUCGGCGAAGGGGCAGACAUGAUUUGGGGGUUGGUAAUGGGGAAAGCAGGGGUGUCAGGAGCAACAGCGUCAUGAGGACUUCCUCUGGUGUCAGUAAAGAGGGUUCAUCGAGUGGCACAGUGGUGAAUAGCUACGUGCUGGAUUCAAGUCCUGGUGGAACUCCCAAAAAAUCUCAUGAAGCCUCCUGCCAUUGGACAUCAAGCAGCUCUUUACCCAACGGACACAAAGUAAUGGGUAGCAACCUUUCAGUUAUACAGUCGUGCAUUGUGGGUUAUGCUCCUCAGGAUGGAGUGAAGAGUGGAACAACUGAUGUGUUGGAGGUGAAAGACAGUGGGUCAUGCAUUUCUUUCGUGAACGUUCAGGCUUUCUCUCAUAAACAGACUGAGUGUGAACGCUCUACAGAGCUAACAGAAGUCUCCUGACAAAGAUAUUUAAAAAUAUUGAUUGCUAUAUCUAUAUGCAAGCAUAGCACUAAAAAUGAUGAAUGAAGCCUCAACAAAUUAAAAGCAAAUUUUCCUUUGGUAUUUUGAAGGCUGAAUAUUUGUCAAACUGCUUUUCCAUCUACAACAAGCAAUUAAACUGUACUCUCUUGCAAUGCAACACUUUAAAUCCUUAAACUCUUGAACUACAACUUUUGAAAAUGCUGUAUCAGGUAAUUUUUUUAAUGCUCGUCUGAAGUAUUGUAACUCGACAGAGAAUUAAAAGUCUUAAAUAUG